UCGUUUAGAACACGCGCCAGAUGUCAUUUUCCCGGGAAUCUGUGAGAAAAUUUGGGAGAAAUAAAUAUGUACAGGGAGAGAACGGGCAGAUGCAGAAAGAAAGAAGAUGUUGAGCAGCAAAUGGAUUACUACAGUGGCAAGCAUAUGGAUCCAGUGCACCUGCGGCGGAUCCUACGCCUUCGGCGUCUACUCAUCGGUUCUCAAAUCUAGCCAAAGUUACGACCAAGCAACGCUCGAUACCGUCUCCGUGUUCAAAGACAUCGGAGCCAACGCCGGUGUCCUCUCCGGCCUCCUCUACUCCGCCGUCGCCGUCCAUCGCCGCCGCCGCUGCCGUGGCAACCAUCAGGCCUCUUCCGUUUCUUAUCUCCUCAGUUUUGGUGGACCGUGGGUGGUCCACGUGGCAGGGGCGAUACAGUGCUUUGCUGGCUAUUUUCUUAUAUGGCUGUCCGUCACUGGAGUCAUUCAUCGGCCAGCAGUGCCGCUGAUGUGCUUGUUCAUGUUCAUCGCCGCUCACGCUCAGACCUUCUUCAACACUGCUAAUGUCGUCACCGCCGUUCAGAACUUCCCGGAUUAUGGCGGUACCAUCGUCGGUAUCAUGAAGGGCUUUCUUGGUCUGAGUGGGGCAGUGUUAAUCCAAGUGUACGAUGCAUUAUUCGAAGGCAAUCCGAGCAUUUUCAUUCUGAUGCUUGCGUUGCUGCCGACUUUCAUCUCCCUCUUGCUGAUGUGUUUGGUUAGAAUCGAUGAAAGAGACACACAAGGCAACAAGAAGCAGUUGAAUCGUUUCUCCACUGUCGCUCUCCUUGUUGCUGCGUAUCUUAUGAUCGUGAUAAUCUUGGAGAACAUCUUUACUUUUCCGUUAUGGGCACGCAUCGCUACUCUCAUACUUCUUUUGCUUCUGCUGGCUUCCCCUCUUGGAAUCGCAGCCAAUGCCCUUAAGGAUGAAUCAGAGAUAUCAUCACAAGGGUUGGUGUCCGCCGAGAGGAGCCCAUUGCUGAGUGACAAUGGGUCCCUACAGUCUGAGAGGUGGUCUUCAGCUGCAGGGGAUCCUAAAGAACAUCAUGCAGCAGACGAAGACACCCCAAUGCUGCAGGAUGAGGAAGACCUGAAUGUUGUGCAAGCAAUGCGGACUGGAAACUUCUGGUUGUUGUUCAUAGCCAUGGCAUGUGGAAUGGGGUCCGGGCUGGCUACAAUAAAUAACAUCAGCCAAAUAGGAGAAUCUCUUGGUUACACUACAGUGGAGAUAAACACUCUGGUUUCUUUAUGGAGUAUAUGGAAUUUUCUUGGCCGUUUUGGAGCUGGAUAUGUAUCGGAUAUUCUGCUGCAUAGAAGAGGCUGGGCAAGGCCAUUGUUGAUGGUCAUCACCCUGGCUACCAUGACUAUUGGCCAUGUGAUCAUUGCCUCUGGUUUUGAGGGGAAUUUGUAUGUGGGUUCAGUAAUAGUAGGGGUUUGUUAUGGUUCACAGUGGUCAUUGAUGCCCACCAUCACUUCCGAGCUAUUUGGUGUUGGGCACAUGGGUACUAUCUUCAACACCAUUGCCAUAGCCAGUCCUGUUGGCUCUUACCUUCUCUCUGUUAGAGUAAUCGGGUACAUCUAUGACAAGGAAGCAUCGGGCAAGCAGAACUCAUGCUCCGGCACUCAUUGUUUCAUGUUAUCAUUUCUGAUCAUCGGAUGUGUUACUCUUUUUGGGUCACUCGUUGCUUCUGCAUUGUUCUUCCGAACAAAGAGGUUCUAUAAGUUGGUUGUACUUAGAAGGCUAAACCUUUCUCUGCAAGACGAUGACAGGUAGUAGAGGCAGUAUAUACUAUGGUGUUCAAAGUAUGAUUCAUUGUUUAUUUGUAAGCCAGUUGUUGCUUCCUCUGUUUUUCUGAGGGAAGACACGAAAACAAAUGUAAUUCUUAUUCCAUCAUCUUGAUAAUUUCCCAGGAGGUUCAAUUCCUUGGUUCUGAUUCA